ACAUCAAGGGAGCUGGAGAUUUUCUCUCCCCCUAAAUGGUUUCAACAGCUUGCUUUCUGUGUCUGCGUGUGAUCCCCAGGGAAACCCUCGCGGCUGGGCGGGGCCCGGACUCCCGGGCUCUGAUCUACGAGGAGUUUACAUUAGAGAGUUAUGUGCAAAUAGAGACCAUUCCCCAUCCUCCCUCACAUUUGCCUGCAGAAUAUCAUGUGCAGUGGCACAAUCCACACCGGUUUGCUGGUGGUCAGCUACGCCACCUACCUACUCUUGGGUACGAUCGGAUUCUGGGCUCUGGAGAAGAAUGCCGAGAAAGAACAGAAAAUGGCAGUAAUCCAAAUGAAGGAGGCGUUCCUGCAGAACUUCACCCACCUCACUGUGGCAGAGGUCGAGCAGUUUGUGAAGAACCUGACUGACGCUGUGCAGAGAGGAAUAUAUCCUGUCGGAAACGAAUCACAGACUGAGGUCAGCAACUGGGAUUUGAGUAACUCCUUCUUCUUUGUGGGUGCAGUGGUAUCCACCAUAGGCUAUGGUACCCUGUGUCCUAAAACAUCUGCUGGCCAGAUCUUCUGUGUCUUUUUUGCUUCAUUUGGAAUCCCUUUUAAUAUCGUUUUCCUGCACCGGGUCAGUAAGAUGCUUUCUCUGCUGUGUGAAAGGCUUGGGAGAUGGCUGUAUGCGAAGGGAAUGAAAAAGAAGAAGAUCAAGUUUCUGACCCUUCUCUUCUUCCUGGUGAUGGGCAUUCUAGUGUUCCUGUGUCUGCCGUCAUUUCUCUUCCAGGUGGUGGAGGGCUGGUCCUACAGUGAAGGAGUUUAUUUUGCAUUUAUCACCCUGAGCACCAUUGGCUUUGGAGACUACGUAGUAGGUAAACAGCCUGACAGGAAUUAUCCUUCCUAUUACCGAACUUUGGUGGCCAUUUGGAUUAUCUUUGGCCUGGCCUGGAUUGCUCUUCUGUUCAAUUUAUUGACAACAUUAUUGGAAGACACUGAAAAAAAAAUUGCUCAGGAUCUUCACAAAAUGAGAAAGGCAGGUAAAGACAAUGAGGAAAACCAGAAAAGAUAUCAGCCCGCUGGAUUUGUUUCUGCAGAAGAACCAUCAUUACUGGGUUCUGGAGGAGAUGCACAGAAGACAGUGUCUCUAGCAACACAUCUUGGAGAUGCUAAACAAGGGGAAACUACUUUUUCCUUAUAGCAAAAUAUUAUAAUAACCCACUGGGAUCAGAGUUGUUUAUUGCAGAUUACACUGGUCCAGUAUUGUAAGAACUAGACCGAAAGGAGAAAGUCCUGUGGAAAUAUCAUUUCUCUUGCAUCCCACACUGAGAUGUGAUUUUCCCUACACUCUAGCUCAAAAGUGAUACAAACCAGGAGUAACAGUGAUGAUAAAAUUGCUCUCCCAGCUGUUUUAUCUGCAGCAGACCCAUGAUGACAUGAUUUACAUCAUAUCCCCCACACACACACACUGUUUGCAAAAUUCUGCCUGUCCCAAGUGUCAAACAUUCUCUAGUUUCUUUGAGUCACUGCUAGCUGAUGUAGUGCCUUUGGAUAAAGAUCACAAAUGGCUAGAUUUCAGUGGCUGCCCGGUAUGAACCAAAAUGCCAUAAUGAGCUGGCUGACUUUAAAAAAGGAGUGACAAGAUCAAAGGUCACAUAAGAAGCAAAUCACUGGGGUAGGAGAACAUUAUAUGAGCAGGAUUAGAAAAGGUGUUGGUCCUGUUUGAAAAUGGAUUAUUCUACCUGUCUCAUGCAAAGCUGGGCGGUUCCUCCUCCCAACCCUUUGGUUUAGGAGAGCUUUACAGUUCUGGUUUACUGAGUACAUCACCACUGAUUUGAUUCAGUUUCUUACUGUAAAAGGAAGUGGGUGGCUUUUCAUGAGGAAACGCUGCUGUUUGAAAUGGAGGUGUCAUCAAGCACCAUGCAUGCUAGAUGUACACAUGGGCCUACCUGGCCCAUUUAGGUUCUGCAGAAGCAUUUGUGCCCCUCCUGGGUGCCAGGAGAACCUUCUAAAUUUGAUUUGAGUCUACAGGAUGCAGCCUGGUCCUCUCAAGCCUGCAAGCAAACAGUGAAAACACUGUCUUGGUGGAGUCUGGACUCCCUAACCGGCCUCGAUUGAGAAUAGCCACCAGACUGAUUAGAAGGCCUGUCUUCCAAUUUUUUAAUAUUUGAGCUCCUUGAGUCUAUCGGCUUAGCUUAACAAAGAGAAUUGUUAAGGGAUGGUGAUCACAGUCCAUAAGUAUUGAUACGGGGCACAGGAAUUUGAUAACAGAGGGCUCUUCAAUAUAGCAGACAAAGGUAUAACAAGAUCUAAUGGCUUGAAAUUGAAGCUAGACAAAUUCAGAUUAGAAAUAGAGGGCAAGUUCCCUCUGAGGAGCAUUACCUUGUUGUGGUGGAGGGGCUUGCAUGUUCCGACGAACCCACUAUGCUACCUGGAGCCUAGUGCACCUGGUAGGGUCACCCGAGGCAAAUAGUUUGGGGGAGGUUCCAGCCUAAAAAUGAUCCACCUCAAGACCCUCAUGAAAGCCCAAAAAUGACCAUGCAAACCUUGCCUGGACUAGCAAUACUGGGACCUACCCCUGGGGGUGGUGUCAGACAAGCGUCUGGUGUUCAGGCUACCCAUGUAACCUGGCUGGGCCCAGCCCGACAAGGCGAUCCUCUGGAUCGAGAGGAGCCAGUUGAGGUGGUUCGGGCAUCUGGUAAGGAUGCCCCCUGGGAGGCUUCCGUUGGAACGCUACUGGGCACAUCCCACUGGGCGGAGACCCUGAGGCCGACCCAGGAAAAUACUGGAGGGAUUAUAUCCCCCGGUUGGCCUGGGAACACUGGGAAAUCCCCCAGGAGGAGCUGGAACCUGUUGCGGAGCAAAGGGCGGUCUGGUUCUCCCUACUCUCCAUGCUGCCGCUGCGACCCUCACCAGGAAAAGCGGCAUAAAGGAAGAAGAAGAAAUAGGGUACAAGUUUUUAACAGUGAUGGUGGUCAACCACUGGAACAACUCACCAAGCUUUGUGGUAGAUUCUCCAUCACUGGCAAUUUUAGGUUUGGAAGUUUUUUUCCCUAAAAAAUAUACUCUUGUUCAAAUAAGAACUAAUUCAGGGGAGUCCUAGAGCCUGUAUUAUCAGACUAGAUGAUCACAAGGUCUCUUUUGGCUUUAUAAUCUAUGCAUUUCAUUAUUUGUUGACCCUAAAGCCCAACGACGACAGUUAUGAUGUCAACAUUAACUAUUUAAUUGCUGUGUGCGUUUGUGCAGCUGAAAAGGGGAAGGGGGAGGAGUCAAGCUUCUGGAAGAUGGAUGGGUGGGAAUAGCUGCAAGGAAGAAACUGCUCUUUUCCUCCCUGUGCAUUAAGGCAGACAGAGAAGAGAGAGAAAUGAGGAUGGGGAGGAAAGAGAAAUAAAGGGCAGAAACAGCAGAGGUAUAAAAAGUGGUGCUGAAUGAGACAGUGAAAUACUGAGAGUUUACUUAUGGCACAAAGACUUUUUACCCUUGCUCUUUGUGCAAACACCUCUGUGAGCUCAUGGGAGUUCCACUGGGGCUGAAGGGGAAUGUGGAGUUUGACGUGUACAGCUCAACCCACAGGCUGUGAUUGACAGCAGAGUUCGGCGCACUCUGUAGAAUCAGUGUGACUCUGCUGGUUUGAAACAAGAAAAGAAAAACCCUCCAAACCACACGACACAGCCAAAGCCCUGGGUCAGGAGAGCCCACUUCAGGGAAUUUCACAGCUAGUUGAACUUUGUGGGUUCAAAGCACUCAUCAACAGAAGCAAAACUUUGGGUAGUUUUUGUUCAUUUAACCUACACAUCCCCUGAGUACAGGGGAUGGCCAGGGCCUCAGGAACUUCAAGCUUUUGGGAGCCUUGAACUGGGUUUUUGUCUUUCGUGAGGCCUGGUCGACGCUUAGAAGUUAGGUCAACAUUGAUCAGGUGUGUACAAACCCCUCCCACCCAACUGAUGUAGCAAUGCCAACCUAACCCCCAGUGUAGACACAGCUAUGUAACGGAAGAAUGCUUCUGUCAACCUAGCUACCAUCGUAUGGGGGAGGCGGCGUUCUGACACUGAUCAGACUUCUGCUGGUGAGGCUGCAUCUGAAUGAUGGGGUUAUGCCAGCAUUACUACGGCAACAUAGCUACGCCGGCAUAGCCUCCGUAGUGCAGCAAUACCCUAAGAACGGGCUUGUUCCCACACGUACUAGUUGUGCCACUUUAACAAUAGCAGUCAAGUUAAAGCAGUAGGAACCCCCACCCCUGCAGUGCGGAUGCGGUUGUGUGGGUAUAAAUGUCCUUUAGAAGUGCUACGAGCUCUAGCUGUACAAGGCACCCUUAUACUAGUAUUACUGUGUCCACACUAGGGAUCGUAAAGUGUGACCACUUCAGUUAAAAAAAAAAAAUCACACCCCUAACCCAAGUAAUUAUACUGGUUCAAAACCUGCGCGUAGACUAGGCUACAAAUGGAGUUUGUCUCUCCCCCGAAUGCCCCCCCCAGUAAAUUAAAUCACUAUUUAGCCCCCAAGUAUGACUGAAGUUUAAAAAAACAUUUUGCAUUUCUAAUGGGAAGUCUGUGCUAUGUAUUAGAGAAAGAAAUACCCUCAGAACCUUGGAUCUCCACAUCUCUCUGCUCUAUUUCCCAAGUCUUUCCUCUGUGGAACAUUGCCAGUGCAGCUGGGUUAAUCAUGCUAUACUUAUUAUCAUCAUUGCUAUUAGCCCCAUUUUACAGAUGGGGAACUGAUGCACAGAGAGAUUAAGUGACUUGGUGGAAGUCACUCAAGAAGCCUUGUAACAGAGCAGAGAAUUGAACAUGGGUCUCCUAAGUCCUAGGCAAGCCCUCUAACCAAUAGACCAUCCUUCCUCCCUUGGGCCGUGUUUAUUUAGGUGACGUUGCUGAAUGUUUAUUCCUCUCUGCUUAUCAUUGGAUUCCCCCAAAUCCUGGCCUGCUCAGGAUGUUAUCUGACAAAAAGAUUGCUGUGGGCAUAAUAAGAAUUUCUCAAAAGGGAAUUAUAACAAAUAUCUCAGAAAAAUGUAGUUCUCAUAAGCCACUGUAGGGCUGUACUGUGGCUUCUUUGAGCUACCUCUUGGUAUUUCAUCCUCCCCCCCUUGCACCUUCUUGUGGCUGUGAGCUGCUAGUCCCACAGUACCUUUAUCAUCAGGAAAUUACCCCUCUUCCCUGUUUCUAUCCAGGUAAGUUAUACUGCCCUCAUCCCCUCACAGUCAUUAAUGGAUUUCAUCCUCAUAAUGCCCCUGGGAGAUGGGGGGACCUGACCCCUAUCUUGCAGUUGGGUAACAGACCCAUCUGCCCUACCGCUGUUCAGGAAUCAAUUGGAUCACAAUAAAUAGCCCUUGGAGUCUUGCGAUAUUUCCUUCUGACUGCAAAUCUUGCUCAAAAUCAAAACUAGAACUAGGCUUCGCCUCAGUGCCACAGGCUUUUUGAAACAGUCCUGAAAUAUUAAACAAAUGCAAUCCAGAUUCCACUAUUAAAGCAGCUUCUACUGAAGGGACCUACCUGCCCAAAGCCCGGAAAGCAGGAAUCAAAUCCAUCCUUAAAACCAAUCAUGCGAGGCAGCAGGAGUUCCCCAGGCAACCAGUAGAGUGGUUUCUCCACUGAGGGAUCUCUGCUGGCUGGAGUGGUGGCAAAGAACAGUUCAAAAAUCUCCUUACCAACCCGAUGCCCCAGCACAGCUAAUGGAAUCCAAUUUUCAUAGGCAAGCCUCCCAUGCAAUUUCCAGCUCUCCCACUGCUGCUCAGUUUCAAAGGGAAGCAUUUCUAAGGCUGGCCAACUACUUCCCCAUCCAUGAAAUCAGUUCCAGCAAUACCCUAGGAGAAGGAUCAUGAACAAUAUUAUCACAGAGUAAAUGGCAACAAGAUCUCACGGCAUUGAGCCUAUGCUGCAAUUACGAUUCCCAUCUGCCCACCAAGUCUUUGCUGUGUGCUAACACAAACACACUGUGUAAUACGUGCACUUGGAAAUAAAUAAACAGUCCAGACAAUACAGUUCCCUGCACAUUUUGGAAGCAGCCACCAUGUUUUGUUUAAUAGAUCUUCCUCCUGAGAGACCCAGACCUGCACUUUGAUCAGUUGUAAUUAGUACAUGGCAGACAAACAGGUGAUUGUUUGGGGAUCUCAUGAGGUCUCAUUCAAUUAAUAGCCUGUUAAUUGCUGAGGAUUUAUUUUCACGUGGAAUGGAAGGACUGUUUAAAGCAGUGAAACAGCUGAGAUGUGUUCUUUGCUAAUGCAACAUCACACUCCAAAU